AUGGCCAUCCGCCACUGUAAUCUAGUUUCGUUACUUCUGUUAUCCAUCGUGGUAAUUUCAUCCGCGAGUGAGUAUCGUACCUUUAGUCCAUCACCAAAAUACGAGUCUCCAGUUUACACCACAUCCCCAGUGUACGAGGCACCAGUAUACACGCCAUCUCCAAUUUACACCCCAUCUCCAGUGUACGAGUCACCUGAAUACACACCAUCCCCAAUCUACACCCCAUCUCCUGUGUACGAGGCACCAGAAUACACACCAUCCCCAAUCUACACCCCAUCUCCCGUGUACGAGGCACCAGAAUACACACCAUCCCCAAUCUACACCCCAUCUCCGGUGUACGAGGCACCAGAAUACACACCAUCCUCAAUCUACACCCCAUCUCCAGUGUACGAGGCACCAGAAUACACACCAUCCCCAAUCUACACCCCAUCUCCAGUCUACGAGGCACCAGAAUACACACCAUCCCCAAUCUACACACCGUCUCCAGUAUACGAGGCACCAAAAUACGCACCAUCCCCAAUCUACACCCCUUCACCAGUGUACGAGGCACCAGAAUAUACACCACCCCCAAUCUACACCCCUUCACCAGUGUACGAGGCACCAGAAUAUACACCAUCCCCAUCAUACAAGUCACCUGAAUACACACCAUCCCCCGUCUACACCUCACCCCCCGUCUACACCCCAUCUCCAGUGUACGAAACACCUAAAUACACACCAUCCUCAAGCUAUACCCCAUCUCCAGUAUACAAGUCACCAGAAUACACACCAAGUCCAUCUUCAAAAUACAAGUCACCAAAAUAUACUCCAUCCCCAUCAUAUAAAUCACCUAAAUACACACAAUCUCCUGUAUACAAAUCACCUGAAUACACACCAUCUCCCACCUACAGCCCAUCUCCUGUAUACAAGUCACCGGAAUAUACACCAUCCCCAAUUUAUAGCCCAUCUCCCAUAUACAAGUCACCUGAAUACACACCAAACCCAUCUCCAGCAUAUAAGUCACCAGAAUAUACUCCAUCCCCAACCUAUAGCCCAUCACCAAUUUACAAAUCACCAACUUAUAGCCCAUACCCAGCUGAUAAGUCUUCAGAGCACACUCCAUGUCCAGCAUACAUUUCCCCAAACUAUAACCAAUCUCUAGGCUAUGAACCUCUAAAACCACCAAGCUAUGUUCACUCACCUGCAUAUACACCUUCAGUUUAUGAAUCCGCUGAAUACAUCCCAUCACCAAUCUAUACUAGUCCAUCACCAGCUUACAAAUCGCCAGUCUACAGUCCUUCACCAAUCUAUAAGUCUCCCACCUACAACCCAUCCCCGAUUUACAACUCGCCACCUUACACACCAUCGUCAGAAUAUGUUCCAUCAUUGACAUACAAGUCACCAACUUACAGUCCAUCACCUGUGUACAAGUCACCAGUUUACAGUCCAUCACCUAUCUACAAGUCUCCUGUCUAUAGCUCAUCCCCAAUCUACACGUCACCAUCUUGCAUCUCUUCACCACCAUACGAAUCUCCGGAUUACAAAUCCCCAGAUUACAGCCCUUCACCAAUCUACAAAUCUCCGGUAUAUAGCCCAUCCCCAAUUUACACUUCGCCAUCUUACACUCCGUCACCAGUAUACAGCCCAUCACCUAUCUACAAAACCCCAGUUUACAUCCCUUCACCAAUGUACAAGUCUCCGAUUUACAGCCCAUCCCCAGUUUACCAAUCACCAUCUUACACCCCAUCACCAAUGUACAAAUCUCCCGUUUACAGUCCAUCAUCAGUCUACAAAUCUCCCGUUUACACCCCAUCACCAGUGUACAAAUCUCCCGUUUACAGUCCAUCACCAGUCUACAAAUCUCCCGUUUACACCCCAUCACCAGUGUACAAAUCUCCUGUUUACAGUCCAUCACUUGUCUACAAAUCUCCAGUUUAUAGUCCUUCACCAAUCUAUAAGUCUCCAGUCUAUACCCCAUCUCCUGCUUAUAGCCCCUCAUCAUACACUCCAUCUCCAAUGUACAAAUCUCCCGUUUACAGUCCAUCACCAAUCUACAAAUCUCCCGUUUAUAGUCCUUCACCAAUCUAUAAGUCUCCAGUCUAUACCCCAUCGCCUGCUUAUAGCCCAUCAUCAUACACUCCAUCACCAGAGUACGUCCCAUCACCAAAAUACAAGUCUCCGGUAUAUACUCCAUCCGCUAAUUACAAGUCACCAUCUUACUCUCCAUCUCCAAUUUAUAAGUCUCCAGUAUACACUCCCUCCGCUGAUUACAAGUCACCAUCUUACUCUCCAUCUCCAAUUUAUAAGUCUCCGGUAUACACUCCAUCCGCUGAUUACAAGUCACCAUCUUACUCUCCAUCUCCAAUAUACAAGUCUCCAACUUAUUCUUCAUCUCCAAUUUACACCCCAUCUCCUUCAUAUGGUUACUAAGAUGGCUCCGCUAUGAUACAAUGAGUGUAACCUUUCAUUUAUUUUGUGUUAUAUCUUCUCCCUUUCCCGGGAGAUCUUACUUGUUAUUUUGAUCCAUUUCAGUUUAUAAUAUUGAUCAUUUAAUUUUUUGUUA